UAUUUUGUUAACCUAACCUCAAAAUUGGUAAAAGCUGUGAUAUAAGUGCUCAAUAAAAUGGAACAGUUUUUAGAAUUUAUAAGGAAGGCCAAACAAGCUCUCAGCAAUAUUGGAACUUUCAAAAACGUUCAUUUGGUGCUUGGGAAUGAGUCUUGUGACUUGGACUCCACAAUUUCUGCAUUAUCCCUUGCUUAUUUAAUACAUUCACGUAAUACUAACGAUUUAGUAAUCCCCGUGAUGAACGUUGAAGCUAGAUAUUUUCCCUUGAGGACUGAGACAAAUUACUUGUUGAAAAAAUACGCUAUUGAUCCCAAAAAUCUCGUUUACAAGGAUCAGAUCAAUUAUUCAAAUAUCUUAAAAACCACCAAAGUAACAACUAGCUUAGUGGACCACCAUGUGUUAUCAAACCAUGAUAAAGUCCUAGAACCAACAGUUGUAGAAAUCUUUGACCACAGAACCAUCAACACCGAAGAAAUUUGUCGGGGGGAUCACGUGGAAAAGACCGUUAUUAAAAUAGUCGGUUCUUGUUGCACUUUGAUCACAAAUGAAAUUAUUGAGUCAAAGUUGCCAAUUUUAUUUCAUGACUUGAGUCACCUUUUAUAUGCUACAAUUAUUUACGACACUAUCGGACUUGAUAAGGAAAGUGGGAAAACGUUCGAGGAUGAUCUUCAAGUUGCACAUUACUUGGAAAACAUCCUUAAACCAACCGAAACCAGGAAAGAAUUGUUCAACGUGUUGUGGAAAAUCCACAACGAUACGUCUAGUCUGACUAGCCAAGAUUUACUCUACCGAGACCUAAAAGUGGUUAAGGGUGUCCCAAUCCCGGGUUUACCAAUGUUGGUUGAGCAAUAUUUAAGUCGUGAGGAUGCAGAUAGCGCUAUUGCAGCGUUCGCGAGUGAAUUCAAAACAUCCAGUGUUGUUUUAAUUGGGAUUGACGCUAGUGGCGACGUUAAAAGAGACAUUGCGGUUUUUUCUACCGAUUCCACGUUUAAAAAAACGUUAAUCUCGAUUUUGAAUGACAGUAAACAUGACUUACGACUCACCGAGACUUCUGUAAAAAGUAAGAAUAUUGUGUGUUUCGGACAGGGCAAUAUUAAAUUGACACGUAAAUUUAUUCUGCCUCUGGUAAACGAUGCAGCUGUACAAUGCCAAAAAUAGGAAAAUGCAUUGUUAGUCUUUAAUAAACGAAAUUAUAAAUAACACUCUACAAAAUUAUAAAAUACCACUGUUUUCAUAACGUAUGGUGAUACGGAGCAGGCGUUGGCACACUCAUUAGAGGCGAGUUGAGGUCAAUAUCCAUUUCAAGAGGUACAGCAGUCUCCUCUUGCGAAUUAAUCUUAGUCUGAAGCGUUUCGUACAAAUUGUGAACCUUUUCGCUGUGUUGGUGCGUCGGUUGCAGCGCUUUCAUCAGCGUGUGUAAACGACUAGCCGGCAGUCGGGAAUGUACAUACCACAGCAAUUUCAGUAAAUGUCUUGUCACGUUCUCCCUCGUCAGCCCAGCAAAAAAGAAUUCGUCGAAGAGAACAGUACAAAAAUCCUCAGCUUGAAACUCCUCCGGAUUAUGAAUAAGGAAAAUGACCUGCGGAAACCACAACUUUGCAAAUAAUUAACACAAAUGUGUGUACACGUACGAGAGAGUGGAGGAACGGGUCCUCAAAAGCCCGGUCGUCUUUACAGUUCGCCAAAACCGUCAAGACUCGCAGCAGCCCCACCCUGUCUUUAAGCCGGGCCACGUUCAGGGUGUAGUACAUGGCGAGAAUACUGGCGACUGAACUGUCUUGAAUGUAGGCCUCCACUGCAUCGGGCAAGGGCCCCGAAUGUUCGAUAACUGUGAUAGCAGCUUCGCGUUCAUCUGGGGGCAAUUUGCCUGACAAUUGCCGCACUUGGUCGUCGACCAUGAGCGACAUUAGGGCCGGCAAAAAUUUCGUAACGACCUGACUGUCCAGUUUGGGCUCUUUGAAGUCUUGGGAGUCGAUCAUGACCCAGGCACUUAGACCCAAAGCCAACAUUCGCAAGAGCAAAAUUAAAAUCGUAUUGUCCUAAAAUAUUCGUAUAAAAAUUAUAAUUUUGUUUCGAAAA